ACCUUUCUUACCUCCACUUUCAAAGUAGCUGCAAGAACUGCAGACAGGUUGUGACUUUUUCACUGGAUCCAUUCUAGGAGAGGCAUUCACAUGUCAGUGCCUGUAACCCCCUUCCUAAGGAUAUUUUUCCAGUCUAAGAAUGGGUUAGAAACCUACUAUUCCCAACCCUUCCAGCCAUAUCUUUGGAUGCUGACCACAAGAGCAACCAGGUACCAAUUGUGUCUGGAGCUGGACCUUGUAGUCUGAGGAGAUCAGAAACUUCCAGGAAGUCUCUUGGCUCAAUCUGAAUGGUGAGAGAAAUGUGUGGUGAUGUGGAGAUGUGUCUGAGGGAGAUGAAGGCCGUAAAAACAAAAAGGCUUGGGAUCCUGGUCACAUGUACUUCCUUGUCAGAGUAAACAUUUUGUCCUUUCACUUUCUGCUCUGAAGAAGAUGGUGGGUUCUCCUGGUUAUUCUCCUGCUGGCUUCCUCCUCCCUCUCCUCCUUCUUGAGGUGUCUACAUGGUACUCAGCAGUGUCUGGGUUUUCUGUGAAGGGACCCGUUGAGCCCAUCAUGGUUCUGCUAGGGGCAAAUGCCACUCUGCCCUGCCAGCUGUCCCCAGAGCAGAGUGCAGCUGACAUGCACAUUCGGUGGUACCGAACCCAAUUCUCUCCAGCUGUGUUUGUGUACCAGAAUGGACAGGAACAAGGUGGGGAGCAAAUGCUGGAGUACCAUGGCAGGACAGAGUUGGUGAGGGACUCCAUCAACAGAGGAGGUGUGGCCCUGCUGAUCCAACAUGUUCGUGCCUCUGAUCAUGGCCAGUACCAGUGUCAUUUUAAGGAUGGUCAGAGCUCCCAAGAGGCUAUUGUGGAGCUGCAUGUCAUAGGGUUGGGCUCUGUGCCUCAUGUUCACAUGAUGGGACCUGAGGAUGGUGGGAUCCGAGUGCUAUGCUCUUCAGAUGGCUGGUUUCCAAAACCCAAGGUACAGUGGAAUGACAUGUUGGGAGUGAAUCUACAGUCCCUCUCUGAGUCUCAGACCCAAGAUGAAGAUGGGCUCUUCCAUGUGGAAGCAUCUCUUGUGGUCAUGGACAGCUCUCUGGGCAAUGUGACCUGUUCCAUCCAGAAUCCCCUCUCCGGACAAGAGAAAGUAUCAUGCAUCUUCCUCCCAGAGCCUUUCUUCCCCAAGAUGGACCCAUGGAAAGCAGCUCUGGCUGGGACAGUCCCUGUGCUGAUGCUCCUCCUCAUUGGAAUCAGCUACACUGGCUGGAGAGAACAUCAAGCCAAAGAAAAGGAAGUAAAGAAAAAGAAGAGAGAACUUAAUGAAAGAGAUCAGAUGAAAAAUGAAAAGGAAAUGGCACAGAAGGCCACAGAGAAACUCAAGGCAGAGCUUGAACAGCGAAAGGCACUAUACCUUGAAGAUUGGAAGAAGGCCCUGCUGUAUCCUGUUUCUGGACACUGCAGAGUUCAAAGGGCUCAAAGGAGGAGGAAAAGAGAGCUGAGAAGAGAUAGGAAAGGAAGUGUGUCCCUCCUUUUCAUUCUGUGGGCAUGCUUCCAUCACAGGUUCAAUUUGAAUUGCUCUUUUUCAGACUGGAGGAAGAAACACUUCCAGUGUGCCAAUGUGACUGUGAACAUGGAAAUCUUUCAUCAGAAUAAUUCUGACUCAGAGAGAAAUGAGAACUUUAGAGUGGAAACACAGGAUCUGUCUCUUAGUGAUAAGCAAGGAGACUGCAACCUUAUCACACUUAAUCAGGAAGACUUCACUUCAGGAAAACACUACUGGGAAGUAAAUAUUAAAGACAUUGAUGAGUGGACUCUCGGUGUUUAUGAGAAACUCACAGACAAGAGUGAGCUAUCCACAGAUCUACAAAACAAGAAAUUCAGAGUCUUAGAGAAGAAAGGAAGUGAAUACCGGACUCUCACCUGUUGCCCCCCAAACAUUUCCCAGGAUGACUGUCUCCAGAUAGGAAAGUGUCCACAAAAGAUUGUGAUUUUUUUGGAUUAUGAAGACAAUGACAUUUCUUUCUAUGACAUGACUGAGGGCACCCACAUCUUUUCCUUCACCCAGACAAACUUCUCUGGGUCAGUCUAUCCUUACUUCAAUCUUAAAUGCAUGGAGCAUUCCCAUCUCUGCAAUAUUAAGUGACUUACAGGAAGAAUCUAUACUGUGAAGACAAUAGCCCAUUCUCUGUAAACCCUAGCAUGCCAGUUCUAAUCCGUGACCUCAGCCUCACUGAUUAUGAGGCCUCUCGGGUUGAGGCUCCAUAAGUCCUCAGGAACACAGUUCCUGAUUAUAUUAAGCAGUAUUUCUUAAUUGCAGAGAAGAAUUUUUAUGCUGUAGUUGCUAUUGUUAUAAGUGCUCUUUCUUGCUUUAUAUUUAAUAUAUCACAGACUGAUAAUUUUCUUUUUUUUUUUUAAGAUUUUAUUUAUUCAUGAGAGACACAGAGAGGGGCAGAGACACAGGCAGAGGGAGAAGCAGGCUCCACGCAGGGAGCCCAAUGUGGGACUUGAUCCAGUGACCCCAGGAUCACGUCCUGGGCUGAAGGCAGGCGCUAAACCGCGGAGCCACCCAGGGAUCCCCAAAGACUGAUAAUUUUCUAAAAUAAAUUACUAGAAAUAUGAAGUUAAUAAAAAACAUGCAUACAAUUACAA